AUUCCGGCCGAUGGCGAAGAAGAAAGAACGCCGAGUUCCGAUCGCCGCAAAGACCGAGUCGAACCGUCGCAGCAUCUCGCGCUCUCAUCCGCAUCAUCCUCAAAUCAAAAGCUCCUAAUCGCCUUCAUCCUCUUCUUCGUCGCGUCUUCCGCAGUUUCGGUACUCGUGUACCGUCUCAGUCAUUCUCCGAUCACCGACCGGACGGUGUUCUAUGUGUUCCAGCGAGGCCUCGUUAAGCCCGACUUGACCUACCAAGAGAUCCUCACUGAAAAUGAAAAUUUAUCGGACAAUGCGACCGGCAGGCACUAUGAGUAUCCUGUAUUAGCUUACAUUACUCCAUGGAAUUCUAAGGGCUAUGACUUGGCAAAAAGGUUUAACUCCAGAUUUACACAUAUAUCUCCAGUUUGGUAUGAGCUGAAAAGUCAAGGGACCAGCUUAAUUCUAGAAGGCAGACAUAAUGCUGAUAUUGGGUGGAUCUCAGACAUUAGAAGGGCAGGCGACGCUUGGGUAUUGCCUAGAAUUGUUGUGGAAGCUUUUCCAGCAGAGCUGCUUGCAAAGAAAAAGCAGAGGAAUAAGGCUAUUAAUCUUUUAGUAAACGAGUGCAAGGAAAUGGGCUAUGAUGGCAUUGUGUUGGAAUCUUGGUCAAGAUGGGCAGCUUACCGAGUUUUGCAUGAUCCAAAGAUGCGGAAUUUGGCAUUGCAAUUUAUAAAAGAUCUUGGAGAUUCACUGCAUGCUGUGGCUUCAGAGAGGAACAAUAAGAACAGGUUGCAGUUGGUGUAUGUAAUAGGUCCACCUCAUUCUGAGACACUCCAAGUGCAUGAUUUUGGACCUAAAGAUCUUCAGAGGCUGAGUGAUGCUGUUGAUGGUUUCUCACUUAUGACGUAUGACUUCUCCGGGCCUCAUAAUCCAGGUCCCAAUGCACCUUUGAAGUGGAUUGAAUCCGUCCUCCAGCUGCUCCUUGGUACCAAUAAAAACAGUGCUCUGGCCAUCAAUUUCUAUGGAAAUGAUUUCAUCCUCUCGGAAGGUCAAGCCGGUGGUGCUAUUACUGGAAGAGAUUAUCUCUCCUUGUUGGAGAAGCACAAGCCUGACUUCAGAUGGGAAAAGAACAGCGCAGAGCAUUUGUUCCUCUACACUGAUGACGAUCACAAAAAUCAUGCCGUGUUCUACCCAUCGUUGCUGUCAAUUUCCAUGCGGCUAGAGGAAGCUCGUAAAUGGGGGUGUGGCAUCUCGAUAUGGGAAAUCGGGCAAGGUCUGGAUUACUUUUACGACCUCCUAGUUAUUAAUCUAAAUACUUUGUUUAAGGAUUCGUACCCUGGCGAAAUCCUUAGCAUUUUAGCAAGUACCACUACUUAUGCUAUGGAGGCCCUCAAUGCAGCAAGCUUGACCCCUAGAUCAGUUCUUGGUGACAGAAAAAAGGAACCCAGAAAAUUCCCAUCAUUGCCCUCCAUUUCACUGCCCAAGUUCUCAAGCUCCACUAGCUUCAGCACCAAGGCUUCACAAGAAGGUUCAUCUAAGAGCUUCCAUGGUGGACUAUUGCUUUUGUCUUCUGUUUUCAAUGCUGGGCUUGCCAAGGCUUUGACAUAUGAAGAAGCAUUGGGGCAGUCAGUGAGUACAGCAACUGGAGACCUUGACACAGAUGGAGCUCUCGACAGUGUUAUUAGCUUUGUUAAUGACAACCCUGCAGUUAUAGCUGGCGGGUUUGCCAUCUUGGCUGUCCCUUUGGUUUUGUCACAGGUGCUAAAGAAGCCUAAGCCAUUUGGUGUUGAGUCUGCUAAGAGUGCUUAUGCAAUAUUGGGUGAAGAUGCAAAUGCUAUUCUUGUGGAUAUAAGAGCAACAGGGGAGAUAAAGAAAGUUGGUAGUCCGGAUAUCCGAGGUUUGGGGAAGAAGGCAGUACCAAUUGUUUACAAAGGAGAAGAUAAGCCAGGCUUCUUAAAGAAGCUCUCUUUAAAGUUCAAGGAACCAGAGAAUACUACAUUGCUCAUCCUGGAUAAGUUUGAUGGGAACUCUGAACUGGUUGCUGAGUUGGUCACUGUAAAUGGGUUCAAAGCUGCUUAUGCCAUAAAAGAUGGUGCAGAAGGACCCCGAGGAUGGGUGAGUAGCGGCCUUCCUUGGAUACCACCACCAAAAGGACUGAGUUUUGAUUUUGGCAAUCUGGCAGAUGCAUACAGUGGCAUUGUCGGAGAGGGUUCAGGUGUUGUUUCCCUUGGGCUUGCUGCUGCAGCCGGGCUGGGUUUAUUGGCUUUUACUGAGGUAGAAACGAUCCUCCAACUUUUGGGCUCAGCUGCGUUAGUACAGUUUGCAAGCAAGAAACUUCUUUUUGCUGAGGACCGGAAUAAAACACUACAGGAAUUGGAUAUGUUCUUAACCACCAAGGUAGCGCCAAAGGAGCUGUUGGGUGACAUAAAGGAUAUUGGAACAGCUCUUCUUCCACCUCUUACCAGCAAGGCUCUUCCUGCACCUGCAGAGGCAAGUCCAGCGCCUACUGCUGCUGAUACUGUAGUGAAAUCAGAGGUUGCACCGGAAGCUAAAGUAGAAGCACCGGCAGAACCUGCACCGGAGCCUAAAGUAGAAGCCGCUGCAGAACCUGCCCCUGAGAUAAAUUAUGCACCCAAAGCAGAAGUCAAAGAAGAAUCACCUCCUCGGAUUUCAAAAUCACUUUCUCCAUUCCCCUAUUAUCCAGAUUUCAAGCCUCCAACAUCUCCGCGCCCAUCCCAACCCUAGAGACCCGAUUGUAUCAUAUCUCAUUUAUCGUUCUACGACAUCAUGAUGUUUGUCCAGAUUCGUCGAAGCUACGCCAUAAAUUGUGCAACUUAUGCUCCUGUUACUGUGUUACAUAGAACUUUGAAGGCUAUAUUUUCUCUGAAGAUAGCACUGUCAUGAGUUGGAUAGCAAAUAAUUUUCCAUUCAUCUUUCACUGCUUGUGUACCUUAUCUGUAACCAGUGAAUCUUUUGUAGAUGUGAUUCAUGUAUUAGCUGUGUUUGGCUUUGCUAUAAAUAUUACACAUUGUUGUUCUGGGAA